CCGGACAACUUUUCAGAUUGUGUUUAAAAAUAAUCUUUAUUUAUUUAUAUAUCCAUAAAAAAUAAUAUUUUAAUUAAAUAAAUCUUUUAGAGUAUUUAAAAACGUAAAAAACAUAAAUUAUUUAAAAUUGCCGCGAAAACAGCACUUUACGUCAAUUCAGAUCGCGUGACGUCAAAUAUUUGGAAAACAAACUACAAGCCCUAUUAAAAGUGAUCAGUGCUUAGAUAAUUUAAGUAUUUUGUAGUUCUCAAUCAUCAUGGACCGAAAAACAUAUCGUUGGUGUGUUGUACCUCGAUGUGGAAAUACAUCAGUUACUACUCCAAAUAAAAUUUUCAUUGAUGUACCUCGAAAACCAGACAUAAGAAAGAAAUGGUUAUGCCUAGCGAGACGAAAGUGCGAUGGAAUGUCUAAUACUUCAUCAAUUUACUUUUGCGAAGAUCACUUUGAUCUGCCGAAUGACAUGGAAAAUUACAUGCGAUACCAUAUAAUGGGCUUUGUAGGCAAAGUUAUGAUGAAACCUGGCAGUCUUCCGUCAAGAUUUCAAUGUCAAACAGACAGAAAAAGAAGUUUGCCAUUAACAACUAAAUCGCGCCCUGCUGCUAUUAAGAGGCAGAGAUUAGCCCUAGUACAAGAAGCCCUAGAUGAGAGUGAAGUGGAUUGUAAUACUGAGACUGUUAACAUGACUUUGCCCCUCAAAACACAAACUGUAGCCAUAGGAGAUGAACAACUGCAGGAGCCAACACAUGAAGAUAAAUGUGUACAAGUUUACAUAAAAAGUAAAUAUUUCAGAAGCAAAUAUGCACAGACGGAAAAAAAAUCCCAGAACAUGGGAACAUCCCCUUUGAAGACAUUGACAGCAGCUGUGUCAACAUCUCCCUUCAAAGUAGAAGAAUAUGUAAAGCCUUUUAAACCUACUAUUUGCAAUGUAAAUAGACAAUUAAUGUUUAGAUCUGAUAGUGAUGUAUCAUUGUACACUGCAUCAUCAACUCGACCAUCUUCACCUUCAGUCCAAUCACUACAGUAUAAAUUAUCUUCAACAUGCAGUAGCUUUAAUGAAGAGGAAGCUAAAAUAGAAAAGGAAACAGAGGCCAAGCAAGCUCUGAUCAAUACAAUAAAAAAAAUUGAAGCCAAACCUCGCUUAUACAUUGGCAUACCUAAAGAUUGUUAUUUUUUAAUAAACUUGAUACAUACAAACACUGGCAUACCUACUGAACAUAUUUUACUAUGUUUAAAAAAAAUUAGGUUGAACACUACAUUUGAGGAACUUGCAGAUCAAUUUGGGAUAUCGCCAUCAUAUGCUGGGAAAAUAUUUCUAAAGAAUAUUCCAAUACUUGCUAAUAGUCUUAAACCUUUUAUUGUAGAAUUAACUAAAGGUAAUGUUAAGAGAACCCUUCCAAUAGCAUUUAGACACCGCUACAACAAAGUCAACUGCAUUAUUGACUGUUUCGAAAUUGAAAUAGCAAAACCCUCCAAGUCAAUUCAUCAAGCUUUGACAUGGUCAGAUUACAAGAAAGCGAAUACUAUUAAGUACUUCAUUUCAAGUACCCCUAAUGGCUUAGUUAAUUUUAUAUCACCAGGGUAUGGAGGGCGUAUAAGUGACACAUUACUCACAGAAGAAUGUGACUUUAUGCAAACAUUGCACCCUGGUAGUUGGGUAUUAGCUGAUCGUGGCUUCAGGCAUAUUGAACAAAUCUUGAUACAAAAAGAUUGUCAUCUUCUGAGACCCCCGAGUGUAGCUCAAAAUGCUAAGUUAACUAAGCAAGAGGCUUACAAAACUAAACAAAUUGCAAGUUUGAGGAUUCACAUUGAAAGAGUGAUCCGAAGGAUCCGGGAAUUUACAAUGUUGAAACCUCACUCUGUCAUAAAUUCUAAAUUGGUACGAGUGCUAGAUGAUUGUGUUACAGUAGCAUGUGCUCUAAUAAACUUGCAAGAUAGCUUAGUCAAAUGAAUAGGUGAUCUAAAUAUUUUCUAUUAUUGUGAUACCUAAUUAUAUCUUUUAUAUACAUUUUAUCUUACUUACUUUAAUCUGUGAAUUUUAAUAAAUAAAACUAUUAACAAAUUGUUUAUAAUUAUAAUUUUAUUUCGUGCUUUCAUACAAAAUAGGGAAU